AAUCCUUCGUUUUCCAGUAGCAGACUGCACGUUGAACGCAUGCGUUCUGAUAAAAGCUAAGAAAAGGGUCUGCUGGCGGUUCGCGUUGGAGACAUGGAGCAAGGCUAUGGAGGCUAUGGGGCAUGGAGUGCUGCGCCUGCCAACACCCAGGGUGCAUAUGGGAGCAGUAUGGCCAGCUGGCAAGGUUAUGACAACUACAACUACUACAACGCCCAGACCACCACUGCCACUGUCUCUGCAGGAGCACCUUAUAGUUACGGUCCUGCCUCAUGGGAGGCCACCAAGCCCAGUGAUAGUGGCCUGGCAGCUGGGAACUCUGCCAUGCAAAUAGCCUCUUUUGCCCCUGAGCCUUGCACGGACAAUUCUGACUCACUCAUUGCCAAGAUCAACCAACGCUUGGACAUGUUGUCCAAAGAAGGAGGCAGGGGUGGGACCAGCAGCGGUGGGGAGGGCAUGCAGGACCGAGACAGUUCCUUCCGCUUCCAGCCCUAUGAGCCCUAUGACUCCAGACCCUGUUUGCCUGAGCAUAAUCCCUACCGCCCUAGCUACAGCUAUGAUUAUGACUUUGACUUGGGGGCUGACCGAAAUGGUAGCUUUGGUGGGACAUUCAACGACUGUCGGGACCCGACACCAGAACGGGGCUCUCUUGAUGGCUUCAUGAGAGGCCGGGGCCAGGGCCAGGGCCGUUUCCAGGAUCGGAGUAACUCCAACACCUUCAUGCGUAGUGACCCCUUCAUGCCGCCCUCAGCCUCCUCGGAGCCCCUACCCGCUACCUGGAAUGAGCUGAACUACAUGGGUGGACGUGGUCUAGGUGGGCCCUCCACCAACAGGCCACCUCCUUCCCUCUUCUCCCAGUCCAUGGCCCCUGACUACAACGUGAUGGGCAUGCAGGGGGUGGGCAAUUUUGGUAGCACCAUGCCUUAUGGAUAUGGCCGGUCCCAGACUAGGAUACGAGAUUGGCCCAGAAGAAGAGGGUUUGAGCGCUUUGGACCAGACAACAUGGGCAGGAAGCGAAAGCAGUUUCCAUUGUAUGAAGAGCCUGAUGCCAAACUGGCUCGUGCUGACAGUGAAGGAGAUUUAUCUGAAAACGAUGAUGGAGCUGGUGACCUACGGUCAGGAGAUGAAGAGUUCAGGGGGGAGGAUGACCUCUUGGACUCCAGGAAGCAGAGAGGAGAAAAGGAAGAUGAGGACGAGGAUGUGAAGAAGAGGCGGGAGAAGCAAAGGAGGAGAGACCGGAUGCGGGACCGAGCAGCUGACAGGAUUCAGUUUGCCUGUUCUGUAUGCAAGUUUCGUAGUUUUGAAGAUGAAGAAAUCCAAAAGCAUCUGCAAAGUAAAUUUCACAAAGAGACAUUGCGGUUUAUAAGUACUAAACUGCCUGACAAGACAGUGGAAUUCCUCCAGGAGUACAUAAUAAAUAGGAAUAAGAAAAUUGAGAAGCGGCGUCAGGAAUUGUUGGAGAAGGAAAGCCCUAAAUCCAAACCAGAUCCAUUCAAAGGGAUUGGCCAGGAACAUUUCUUCAAGAAGAUUGAAGCCGCACACUGCUUGGCCUGUGACAUGCUGAUUCCUGCACAGCACCAGCUCCUCCAGCGGCAUCUGCACUCUGUGGACCAUAACCAUAAUCGGAGGUUGGCUGCUGAGCAGUUCAAGAAAACAAGUCUCCAUGUGGCUAAGAGUGUUUUGAACAACAAACAUAUAGUGAAGAUGCUGGAAAAAUACCUCAAGGGUGAGGAUCCUUUUGCCAAUGAGACAGGUGAUCUUGAGACAGAAGGAGAUGAAAAUGUAGGAGGAGAGGAGAAAGAAGAGACACCAGAGGAGAUAGCUGCAGAAGUCUUAGCAGAGGUGAUCACAGCAGCGGUGAGAGCUGUAGAGGGGGAAGGAGAACCAGCUACAGAGCGUAAUGAAGUCCUAGAUGAAGUGGAAGGUGCUGUGGAGACCAGGUGUGACCCCCACACUGAAAAGCCGCUGGAAGAGCAAACCUGUGAAACAGCAUCUGAAAAUGGGAACACUGAAGACAAGGCCAGAAGUGAGGCCUUUUUGCCAGCAGCAGAAACAGAGAGCACCAUACCUGUUACAGCUAUCCCAGGGAUCAUGGACGAUGAAGUGGGACCAGCUGAUGCAGACUCUAAGGAUACUCCCACAGAAUGACCUUUUCUUCCCUGUUUCAGGGUGUGUGUUAUCUCUGAUUUAUGGGCAGUACUAGGGUGUGUGUUACUGGGUGGAAAGACUCAGCCAUUUCCUUCCCAAUAUACCUCAAGGGCUGAUGCUAUACAGUGGAUGGCUUCCCACCUCUGUUAGAAUACAAAAAGAGGUAAAUCAUUUUCCCAAGUGGCCUUUGAUGGCUGUUUGUGCACUGCAGUUACAAUAAUAAAAGACCUUCUUGAUACUUGUUAAAUACA